ACUUGCGGAGGUUAUUUGGGGGGAAAGCACAUGCGUUUCUUAGUUUAGUUAUAGUUCACAUUUGUUUCAACGUUCAACGGUAGCUCCUUACUUUAUUUUGUGCUAUUUCUUCGAUUGCACUUAUAACGUGUGCUUUCUAAAGUUGUUCAGGCUUCCAUAGUUGUCAUAUGUUACCUUUCCACUUGGGUUCUGGAUGUAGAAAACUUUCAUAGUUGGGGUGUUAUAUUCCAAAGUAUGAUUUUUUUUUCUCUCAUACCAUGAGUUUGUGUGUGUUUUUCCUUUUGUUCUUUUGAAUCGUUAUCUGGGGGGCAUAUAUUAUAGCAUUUAGUUCUCUUCUUUUCACUUUAAACAGGGCUUUUCUUCAUUUAAUAAGCAUUUUGGUUUCUUAUAUGGAAGAAACGAUCAGAAAAGGUAGGAUUUAAUGGGGACCGUUACUCGCAGUUUUAAUAUUAGAAGGAAACCGAAUGAAAGUAUGAGGCUUAUUAUAUUUUUCUUUGCUGGAGGAUUUUUCGGCUUGAUUGUAGGAUUAUCACUCUCUUCACGGUCAAUAACAAAGUUGAAUCUUCCGUACGGCCUGCUUCAUCUCUCUUGUAUACAGGACAGAUAUACAUAUAGCAACGAGAAUAACAGUGACACCUCAUCCCAAGAUCAGUUACUUAACAACUCGUCGAAGAUUUGGGUCCCAACAAAUCCAAGAGGUGCAGAAAGAUUAGCCCCUGGGAUUGUUACAGCAGAAUCAGACUUAUAUUUGCGCAGAUUGUGGGGUAUUCCCAGUGAGGAUUUGACCUUUAAGCCAAAGUACCUUGUGACCUUUACUGUUGGAUAUGAGCAGAAAAAGAAUAUUGAUGCAGCCGUGAAAAAGUUUUCAGAGAACUUCACAAUCCUUCUAUUUCAUUAUGAUGGCCGAGCAACCGAAUGGGAUGAAUUUGAGUGGUCAAAACAGGCUAUUCAUGUCAGUGUUCACAAACAAACCAAAUGGUGGUACGCCAAGAGGUUUCUACAUCCAGACAUUGUGGCACCAUAUGACUAUAUUUUCAUGUGGGAUGAAGACCUUGGGGUUGAACAUUUUAAUGCAGAAGAAUACCUAAAACUGGUGAGGAAGCAUGGCUUGGAGAUUUCACAGCCUGCCUUGGAAGCCCCUAAAGAUUCUAAAGGAAGGGUGUGUUGGAAUAUGACAAAAAGAAGAGAUGAUAGUGAAAUUCACAAAAAAGCAGAGGAGAGACCAGGAAAGUGUAAGUACCCCCUUCUGCCUCCUUGUGCAGCGUUUGUUGAGAUUAUGGCUCCGGUGUUUUCACGAAACGCAUGGCGCUGUGUAUGGCAUAUGAUUCAGAAUGAAUUUGUUCAUGGGUGGGGUCUUGAUUUUGCUUUCAGAAAAUGUGUUGAGCCUGCCCAUGAGAAGAUUGGAGUAGUUGAUGCUCAGUGGAUUGUUCACCAAGGAAUUCCCUCACUAGGGAAUCAGGGAGAAGCACAAACUGGCAAACCUCCAUGGCGGGCGGUGAAGGAGAGGUGUGGCAUGGAGUGGAGGAUGUUCCAGGGUAGGUUGACGAACGCAGAAAGGGGUUAUUACAAAUCCAAGGGAAUUGAUUUUUCUAAUUUGCUCGUUCAUAAUUAG